AUGUACUGGAACAAUGAAGUUCCAUCUCCACUCCCGGAGGAGAAUAAAGUAUUGUUGGACAAUGUUUUCGUUAAGCAGGUAUGACAUGACAUCUAAUCAUUUGAGUAUUUGCAGUAUAGGCUAUCGACUCACUGCAAGUGAAGACUUAGGCUAAUUGCUUGGCUGCGCUGGUCUUUGAAUAGCCCAGCUGAUUGCCUUUUUGUUUUCCACGCUCCAGCCUAUGUUUAAUGAUAGGCCUAAUUAUAAACAUAUUUCACAAUUGUGCUAGCCUAAUUUUGUUUAAAUGAAGGACAAAAUAGAUUCUGAAUUCCACCCAAACCCAGAUUUUGGCACUCUUUGAAUACCGUUUUAAUCACCAAGAGAGGCUCAAGUGGCCUAUCAUAAGCGAAGCUGAGACAAUCACGCUCCUUUAUGUUUCAAGAUCAGCUGCAACUUAUGUAGGCUACAUUGUCUACUAUGAAUAGUGCGAUGUUCAAUUGAGGCUCUUCACAUCCUAGUCUUGUGUAGAGAAAUUCGAUUUUCGAUUACGGCUAUUAAAAUUAAAAUAUACAAUUAUUCUGGUGGCGCGAUGCCUUCUCUGAUUGACAGUUGAAAUUGACACUGGCUGCCUCUUAUCCCGAGCAUUUGAAGCCAUCACUAAUUGCAGGUAGUCCAUCUUUUCAGUGCUUUCGAUUGCAUGGGAACUAUAUGCGAUUAGAGAGGUAGUUUACGGGUUGUGCUUAAAGGAAAACGAUAAAUCCUAAUUAUAAUUGCUUCAGCAAAUGUAGCUUUUGUUGCCAGCAUUUAAAUGCAGUAGAAAGUGUUAUUCAUUGUUUUGGACUGGAUAUAGCUUGCAGUAUGGGCUGGUAGGGAUGCGUAAUGCGCAGAGCAGAACAGGGCACAGAGCAGACUUCAGGCACAGCUCCAGGUUUCAUCUGCACGGCUGUUUCUCCACAAACAGAAUAGCUUGAUAAUGGUGAGUUAUUCCGACUUAAGACAUUCAUUAGGAUGUUAUCUAAUCAAAAUAGAAACUUCGACAUAGUGUAAACUGAUAAUCGGAGACUUGGCCGAACUUGGACUACCUUUUUUUCAUUUCCAAACCCCAUGUUCAUAGUUUACUUUUGUGACAUGCCUUUUAAGUUUUGUUUUCAGUAGCAGGAUGUUGUAGUAAGCCCAUUUCAUUGGAAAUGUUUGUUGCAUUUAGGCUACUGCAUACAAUGCUUGUUUUCUUGUAUCCUGUGAGGGUUUGUCAUGCACUGUGUCAUGUUUCCUGUAAUUCAUACAAGUCGAGAGGCCUUGUAGCAUACCUUGCAUCCCGGGCGAUAUAAGAUUAUGACAAGAAAAAUCUAUCCCAAACCUCAGUCUCACUCGGACGGGGAGUCUUAUGCGGAUGUAAAAGAAGAGGCUCCUCUCCUGCCCAGUCCUCUGGUAACACCGUCUAUGUGCUUGCAUCCGACCCUGGCCUCCCCGACGCCGGUUCCGUCCACCGGGAAAAACCAGUGUGCCAGCUGCGGCACAGAGAUCCAAGACAGAUACCUACUGAAAGUGAGCAUUAUAAAGCCUUUUGUUACACCGCUCAAAUCAAGCAUCAUUUAAAAUUGAAUUUCAAACCUAUUUCUUCCUCACAUAUUGCAUGCAUAUUUGCAUAAUCUUUCACAUUACUUCUACUUUAUAGAAUAAGUACGCCGAAAAAAACAUUAUUAUUGUUAUUCUUGUUAUUCUUGUUAUUCUUGUUAUUAUUAUUAUUAUUAUUAUUAUUAUUAUUAUUAUUAUUAUUAUUAUUAUUAUUAUUAUUACUAUUACUAUUAUUAUUAUUAUUAUUACUAUUAUUAUUACUAUUAUUAUUAUUAUAUUAUUGUUGUUGUUGUUAUUAUUGUUAUUAUUAUUAUCAUCAUUAUCAUCAUGAGUGUUUUUUUUAUCAUUGCAGGUGAACAAUUUGAAUUGGCACGUGGGAUGUCUGGAAUGUUCAGUAUGCAGAGUAUCAUUACGUCAGCACAAUAGCUGCUACAUCAAAAACAAAGAAAUAUUUUGCAAAUUGGAUUAUUUCAGGUAGGGUAAGUUUUGCUAUAUGUUUUCCUUAGAAUGUAUGUUCUAUGUUUGGCGCGAGGGUGAAUGUUCAUAAACAAUUGAUUACUUAUCACGUCAUAUUGAACCUAUCCUAUUUCUAUUCUCUUCCGUUAUUAUACUUAUUACUAAAAAUACAUUGUUGCAAGGCGAGUGCUUCAUUAUAUCUUCGGGCAAGUAAACAGGAUUGGACUGUUCUUUUCGUUGUAACUUCUAAAUCACAUAAAUACAACUACACGCAUUAUGUUUUUGUUUUUUUUAAGCAACGAAUGCAGACAUGUUAACGAGGCUAUUUGAAUAAAAACAUAGCCCAUUUAUAACAUAUCAUAUUUAUGCACACUUCUACGACCGAUAAAAAAAGGUCAAGUUAUUUUUCUCUUAUUUAUUUUACAUUUACAUUUUAGUCUUUUUAGCAGAGGCUCUUAUCCAGAGCGACUUACAGUUAGUGAGUGCAUACAUUUUCAUACUGUAUAUAUUUUAAUUAUUGUCUUUAGUGAUAAUGUGGUGGAUAUCAUCAACAUUUUUACUCUCAAUCAUGAUUCUUACAACUUUGAGAUCACUAAAUUUAGGUUAUUCGUUUUCGUUGUUCUUCAUUUAUCAAUGUAUCAUUCCCUCCUCUGACCGGGGCCAAUGCUAAAACAUUAUGUAAUUUAUCAAGGGCUAUUUUUCUCACUCACUCUAUAUUUGAAGCAUGUCAAGUAAACGCUAUUGUUAUAUUAUUAUCAUUAUUCUAUAAUUAUAAUUAUAUUAUCAUAUGGUGCUGGUUAUUGUUUUAAUUAACAGAAGGUUAAAUAUUUUUUACUAAAGUGAAAUUAGUUUGGAAAACUGUAAGCAAUGCUGUCUGUAAUCUUUUACAAUAAAAUAACUUAUUUCUAUUCCUGGCCUGCACAACAUUUCAGUUGACUACAAGUUUAUUUUCAUUAGCAGUGAAAGACUACUAACAAUGCCCCCUGCUCUUCUCUGUCUCACCACAGUAGGUUUGGCACCAAGUGUGGCCAGUGCAGGCGCCAGGUGUAUGCCAGUGACUGGGUGCGGCGGGCGCGGGGCAGUGUGUACCACCUGGCCUGCUUCGCCUGCUACUCCUGUAAGAGGCAGCUGUCCACGGGGGAGGAGUUUGGUCUGGUGGAGGGCAGGGUGCUAUGUCGAGCCCACUACGACACCAUGGUGGAGAACCUCCAGAGAGCGGCUGAAAACGGUACGUGGUCAGACUUGUGUCUCAGACAAUGUCAGGGAGUAGGGAACCCAAAUAUGAUUUAAGGGAAGGGUGCUGAUUUCUAAUACAUUUUGUGUGGGAUGCAUGCAGCCUCAGAAUUUAAUCAAGUAAUUAGCCAUGUAUCGGAUUUAACAGUUAGGAGUAAACGGUAUUGGGGGAGAAUUCAGACAUAAUUGGGGUCAUACAUUUCUUACUCUUAGGAAUGUAUGCGUUGCUAUCCAGUACUUGCAAACAAUAUAACACUGUGUGGUGUUUUUUUCCACACUGUUCCUGUGACUUAGGGACGGGUCUCACUUUGGAGGGAGCCUUCCCCUCUGAUCAGGAUGGCCAACCCAAACCAGCCAAGAGAGCACGUACUUCCUUCAGCGCUGAGCAACUACAGGUACCGUCUGUGUGUGUUUACGUGUGUGAGUGUGUCUGUGAAAGUAUGCACAGUAUUUGUGUGUGACAGAACAAAAAAGACAGGAUGAAUGUUAGUUUUAGUAUUGCUUUCUACAUCAUUCAGAUGAAUGUGAUUGGCUGACUGAAUUCGCUAUAUUCAGUGAAUAUUCAGCUGAAUAUGAAGCUUCAUGACUGAGUUUGCUAGGUAUGUGUUCCCAGGUGAUGCAGUCUCAGUUUAACCAAGACAACAACCCUGAUGCCCAGACUCUACAGAAGCUGUCAGACAUGACAGGACUGAGCAGACGGGUCAUACAAGUAUGUAUGACAAUAUCGAACUAGUGGGUGUAAAGUUGUUACACAUUUCGGAAAAAAAGUAUGAUGUAAUAAGAUAAUAUGAUAUCAUAAAAUCAUUCAUCUAUACCAAAUCACUUGUUGCAUACAUCAUUCAACGAUCUUUAGUAACGUUCCAUUUUCAUAUAGGUUUGGUUUCAAAACUGCAGAGCAAGACAUAAAAAGCACCCUCCACCCCAGCACAACGGUCACCUCCAGGGCGCCCCCCAUCCCCACUCCAGAAUGCCCCCCUCACUGUCAGACGACCUCUACUCCCCCUUCAGCAGUCCUGAAAGACCACACCUACUGGCUCUGCAUGGAUACAUUGACAGUGAGUAGUUUUUUCCAUAUCGAUGGACAACACAUGCAUGUACAUUUACGUGACUUUGGCUCUGACAUAAUUCUUUAUUUUUUUUUUAUUCUACCAAUGGAGAUUAUCGACGACAGGAUUCUGACUACAGUGUAUUUAAAUUCACAUCACAUCACCUAUAGUUGUUGUGGGAUGUAUUUAGUCUAAUUGAGUUUAAUAUAUUUUUUCUCUUUCUGUUGCUUUCUGUGCACAGGUCAUCCCUUCUCGAUGCUGUCUGCCCCUAACCACCUCACCCACCCAGGCAUGGCCUUACCACAGUUACCCAUCAGCCGCUAACUAACACCCCUGAGACCACCACCUCCCCCACAAGCCUUAUCUCUCACAGAACUUUUCAUCCCGCAACAUUGAGAACAUUUCAACAUUUGCCUCUCCCAUUUGACUAUACAUGAGGACUGCUGCGGUUUCUUCCGCCUCCAUGGUCUGCAGAGUUGGAGAUAUCACAUUGUCAAAUGGACGGACAGUUUUAUAAUGGCAGCUAGACUUUAGAUCAUCUGUGGAAAAACAUCCCAGUCCAAUAUAAAUAUGGUAAUCAUCAGGACCAGAUUAGACCACCCAUCCAUUGACAGGGAAUACACUGAAACUCCAGGACCAGGAUUAGGAACAGGAAGACUAAUCUAACAGGAAAUCUCCUUUCAUUCAUUGUGGAUUAUGAUUUUUCAUCAUCUUAUUCAUCAACUGGUAGUACUAAAGGUAUUUAAUGUUUCAAUUCCCAUCGUUUUAAAUAUGACAUUUUUUCUGUCACUCUGUCUGCUUGUUUUCCUGUAUAAAACCCUCCCAUGCAUGGGCUAUUAUUUAUGUGUAAGGUGACGAUGAAUACUCUUCUGAUCUUGUGUGUUGAGAGAGAGUGUUGAGUGUUGUUAUUAACUUGUUUUGGUUGUAAAAUGGAAAGCUUAUGUGCCCCUUUAUUUAUUAAAAAAUAUACUUCACCA